AUGAGCUCUUUAAAGCAAUUCAUUCGCAAUGUGCGGGCGUCGAAGACUAUUGCGGACGAGCGUGCUGUUGUGCAGAAGGAGAGUGCCGCCAUUAGAGCCAGCUUUAGGGAGGAGAGCGGCGACUCGAACGUUAGGCGGAACAAUGUAGCCAAACUAUUAUACCUUUUUACUCUCGGGGAGCGGACACAUUUUGGUCAAAUUGAAUGCCUCAAACUGCUUGCCUCACCUCGAUUCGCGGAUAAACGUUUGGGAUACUUGGGAACAAUGCUGCUACUGGAUGAGAAUCAGGAGGUGCUUACAUUGGUCACGAAUUCGUUGAAGAAUGAUCUCAACCAUUCCAAUCAGUAUAUCGUUGGACUCGCUCUCUGCACCCUCGGAAAUAUUGCCUCGGUCGAGAUGUCAAGAGAUCUUUUUCCUGAAAUCGAAACCCUCCUAUCCACCGCGAACCCUUACAUUCGACGAAAAGCUGCUCUUUGCGCUAUGCGUAUCUGUAGAAAGGUCCCUGAUCUUCAAGAACACUUCAUCGAGAAGGCAUCCACUCUCCUCUCUGACCGAAACCAUGGUGUUUUAUUAUGCGGGUUGACGUUGGUUACAAGUCUCUGUGAGGCUGAUGAAGCGGAGGGAGGUGAGGAAGGAAUAGUGGAAAAGUUCAGGCCAUUCUGUGGAAGCCUUGUACGAACAUUGAAGGCCUUGGCGAGCUCGGGAUAUGCUCCCGAACACGAUGUCACUGGUAUUACGGAUCCCUUCCUGCAAGUUAAGAUUCUACAACUUCUUCGCGUUCUCGCACGGGGAAAUUCGCAAGUGAGUGAACAGAUCAACGAUAUCCUGGCCCAAGUCGCAACAAACACAGACUCGUCAAAAAAUGUUGGAAACUCUAUCCUUUACGAGUCAGUCCUCACGAUUCUGGACAUAGAUGCGGAUUCGGGCUUGCGAGUUCUUGGUGUCAAUAUUCUUGGCAAGUUCCUUUCGAAUCGAGACAAUAACAUACGAUAUGUGGCAUUAAAUACACUUAUCAAAGUUGUCGCAGUUGAACCAAACGCGGUUCAACGCCACCGAAAUACCAUUCUCGAAUGUCUCCGUGAUCCUGAUAUCAGUAUCAGGAGGCGGGCUCUCGACCUGAGUUUUACUCUCAUCAAUGAAGGCAAUGUUAGAUUGUUGAUCAGGGAGUUGCUGGCUUUCUUGGAGGUUGCAGAUAAUGAAUUCAAGCCCAUAAUGACAAGUCAAAUUGGUGUUGCGGCUGAUAGAUUCUCUCCAAACAAGAGAUGGCACGUCGACACCAUGUUGAGAGUCUUGUCACUUGCUGGAAACUAUGUCAAGGAACAAAUUCUUUCGUCAUUUAUUAGACUCAUCGCAACAACGCCCGAGCUACAAACGUACGCGGUGCAGAAGUUGUAUUCUAGUUUGAAGAAGGACAUCACCCAGGAAAGUCUCACGUUGGCCGGUGCAUGGUGCAUUGGCGAAUACGGCGAUGCACUUCUCCGAGGCGGGCAAUAUGAAGAGGAAGAGCUGGUGCAGGAAGUCAAGGAGACCGAGGUGGUUGACCUUUUCUCCUCCAUCUUGAACUCCAGUUAUGCCACCCAAAUUGCGACCGAAUACAUCAUCACAUCCCUGAUGAAACUCACCACCCGAUUCUCAGAACCCGCACAGAUUGACAGAAUCAGACGGAUAUUGCAAGGAAACUCGGCAAGUCUUGAUAUCGAAGUCCAGCAACGUGCUGUCGAGUAUGGAAAUUUGUUCGCAUACGAUGCUAUUCGACGAGGUGUUCUAGAGAAAAUGCCACCGCCACAGAUCAAGGAAGAAUCCAGAGUCUUUGGCGAAUCGAUGAAGAAACCCAACAAGGCGAGCAACAGAAAAUCGAAGAUUGUGAAACCAGCAGAAGAAGAUCUUCUGUUUGAUUUGAUGGGUGACGGUAAUCCGCCAGCGGCUGCCGAAGGUUCUUCGAACAAUGCGGAUCUACUGGCCGAUAUUCUAGGUGGUAGCACAUCACCUACAACCUCGCCCCCACCACAACAAUCCAACGUGAGUUCAAUCAUGGACCUGUUUGGUAGUUCUGGCCCUUCAGCUCCUUCGCAGCCUACUCCAAGCGCAUCAGCCGCUUCAAGUGAUCUCUUUUCCGGCAUGUCAUCGCCCUCACCUCAACCCACGGCACCAACCGUACCCACUCAUCCUUGCUACGAUAAAAAUGACCUUAACAUCACACUACAAUUACAACGGAACUCGGAAGGAACAGUGCAAGUAAUGGCGCGGUUCAGAAACAAAUCAAUGCACCAGCCAUUAUCAACUGUCGCGCUCCAAGCUGCAGUACCCAAAACACAGAAGCUUCAGUUGAAUGCCAUGUCGAAUCCAGAAUUAGCGCCUGGAGCCGAAGCAACGCAGUCCAUGAGAAUUACAGGCAGCAAAGGGCCGCCAUUGCGAUUACGAUUGAAGGUAUCAUAUGUGCUUCCUUCGGGACAGGUUACGGAUCAAGUAGACUGGUCGGAGCCUAGAUGA